AUGGAUCAACUCAAAGGUGCGCUGAACAGCUUCACUGGAGGCAACCGAGAACAAGAUGCACAGCAGGGUGGCCAGCAGGGUGGUCAACAAGGAUUCCAACAGGGUGGUCAACAGGGAGGUCAACAAGGAUUCCAACAGGGUGGUCAACAGGGAAGCUCCAGUGCAGGUGGCUUUCUUGGAGGCUUCGGUGACAAACUCAACUCGGUGGCCGGUGGCGGCAAAGAGAGUGAGAAGAAUGAAGACUAUCUCGACAAGGGUGUCGAUUUUGUCCAGGAGAAGUUUCUAGGACAAGGUCCCCAAGACAAUGAGAGCGCCAUUGAGCAAGCCAAGGACGAACAGAUCAGUGAUUUCAUUCGCAACCAAUACAAGAGUGCCACCGGCAAAGACUUUCCGAUCAAGGACAAAGAAACCAACUUCUAG